AUGAUAAUAAGAUUAAAGUUAAGCGAAUUUUUACCUGACCAUCAUCAUUGCAGCUUAAAUCAGAUUGAGUUGAAAGAGUAAGUUGACUAAAAAGAUUAAGAUUAGAAGUUCUUGGAGUUUGGUCGGUGUAAUCUUCUAAAAUAAUUCUUAUAAUCAGGAAGCCACAGCCAUUUCAUUCACCUAGAAGGUAAAAAGAAUGGCCAGUAAAUUGCUUGCCGAUAAUAAGACCAACAGUAAUACAGAAAUUUUGAGAAUCUUUACAAGCAGCACAAUUCUAUGUUAGUUGAGGAAGGAAUUGAUGAUUUAAAAUUCAAUAUCUUCAAAGCUAACUAAAUCAUAGGCAGAGAAAACUCUUUGAUAAUAAUAACCUACCACUUCUUAUCCAACAAUGAGAUAUUAAGAUCUAUUAAUCAAGACAAACUAAUGAGUUUCCUCAGUAACAUUUACUAAGGGUAUAGAAGAGAUGUUGCAUACCACAAUGAUCUUCACGGGGCUGAUGUGGUUUAAAGCAGUUAAAUUUUAUUGAAUCAAGGACUAAGAAAAAUGGCAGCAUUUGAUGCGUUAGAUGAGUUUUCAUUUAUCAUCGCUUGUGCUUGUCAUGAUUAUAAGCAUGAUGGGUUUAACAAUCAGUAUCAUAUAAACUCAUUAUCUGAAAGAGCUAUUAGGUACAAUGAUGUCUCUGUUUAAGAAAAUUUCCAUGUUGCAAGUGCUUUUGAAGACUUAAUGAGACCAGAAAAUAACUUUUUGGAAUAACUGGAUAUCACCUAACAGAAGAUAUUCAGGAAGAGAAUGAUAGAGAGUAUUCUUGCCACAGACAUGGCUAAGCAUUUUGAUAAACUAAAGGCCUUCUAAUAAUGUAUUCAAAAAGAUACACUUGGAUUUAAUACAUAUUUGCCAUGUCCUUCGGAUCAGCCCUCUAAAUAGACUUAAGACCUAUUCAAUAUUGCGAUCCACGCAGCUGACUUAGGUAUCCACUGCAGAACAUUCGAGCUUUCUUUGAAGUGGUCAGAGCUGUUGCACGAAGAAUUCUUCUUCUAAGGAGACGAAGAGCGAAGACUUGGACUUCCUACAAUGGAUAUAUUUGACAGAGUAAAGAAUGAUGUUUCAAAAAAUCAGAUAGGGUUUAUAAAGUUUUUUGUUCUCCCUCUUUAUAUCUCAAUUUCAGAGGUUGUUCCUGAUGCCAAGGAGCAAGUUGAAAACAUUGAGAGCAAUAUUGAGAACUGGGGAACUUAUAAGUACACCCACCCUAAAAAUAUCGAGCUUGAAUGA